CAGCUGCGGCCGCCGGCAGCGUGCUCAGCCGCCGCUUGCUGUGGGGAAGUGAUGCCUGUACCACCGGCCCGGGGGGAAAAGUCCCCCGGCCGGAGACCGCCCUUCCUCAGCACCGCCCGCCCGUCCUCGCCGCCCCUUCCUCCCGUGCGGAGACAGAGCGGGCCCCGCUGCACUGCAGCCUCCCGGCACCAGCCCGUGUCCCCUCCACUCCGCUCAGGGUGGUUUCCCGGGGUGUUUCCCCGCUGGGGCCGUGGCCCGGGUGCCGCCCGCCCUGCGGCCGCCCCGUGGGGCCCAUGCCUGCUCAGCGCAGUGCCCGGCCCCGUCGGCGUCAGGCGGCGAGCGCCCCGCGGCCGCCCGGGCGAUAAAAGGGCCCCCCCAGACGCUCCUCCUCCGCCGGGCGAAGGUGACGCGGACGCGGCGGGCAGCGGUGCGUGUGGCGGCCCGGUCAUGGCGUCGCAGGCGGGAGGGCUGCCUGUGCCCCUGCUGCUGCUGCUGCUGCUCAGCCUUGCCGGGCGGGACGGCCUGGUGCUGGGGACGACAGGCACAGAUAAGACAGUGAAGGUGUCCCCAACUUUUUCUGCAUUCUCAAGACCCACGGAGACUUCAGUGCUUCUGCCCACCAUUACCUCCACCAGCACAGCCACCACUCCUCCAUCCAGCCCUGAAGUGGGAACCUCCACCCCAGAGGAGAGGUCCAGCACACCACCAUACACCUUCACAGCCAGCACUGUGACUACUUGGGGUAGCAGCCCCACAGUCUCUAAAGUCCUCACGCAGACUGAGAGGGGCAGCACAGCCCACAGCUCUGCCAGUUUGCCUGCUGGCACCACCAUGGUCCAGGUAGUCUCCAGCACCACAGGAAGGGGGACCACCACUGAUGCUCAGUCUCCAACCACUGCAGCUGUGACAUCCACCCAUGCUGAGAAGACAGCCAGCACAUCCCUGGGGACCAGCACAGCUCCAGGCGUCAGCUUGACCAGAGGUGACGCAAGCAUGGUGCCUCCUUCCACCUCCUCUCUUCUUGCUUCCACCAUGGAGGGCACCACACUUGCCACGAGCACCAGUGAAGAGACAGCCACGACCUCCUCGCUUCGCAGCACAUCCCAGGAGACCAGCAGUGCAUCUCCCUCUACAACGACUCCUCCCAUCACAAUAGAAGAGACAUUCACUUUGGCUGGGUCCUCGACAUUGCUGGAAGGCACCAUAACUGCUUCCAUCACCAGCACAGCGGUCUCAGAGAGCACCCCCACUGCCACCCAGCCAGAGACCACAACUGGGACCACCCCUGGUAUCUCCACCCAAACCUCAGGGACAGCCCUGGACACCAUGACAGUGCCUCAAACCUCAAGUGCAGGAAUGAGCACGACUAAUGUUACCUCAGUUUACCCAUCCACGGAGCCCUCUUCCCUUGCCACUGACUUAAUCCAGAGUCCAGAGGUUACCAUCAGCACCACCGCAGACAAGCCAACGACACUGCUUGUCUGCCCCAGCGCCGCGACUAACACCAGUGCAUCUCACCUCUUUCUGUCACUGCGCCUAACCGUUCCCCUGGACCUUGAAAACUCCGUGGCCCAGGAGCUAAUUUUGUCCAAGCUCCGUGGGGAUCUGCAGACUGCGUUCCCGUGCGCUGGCUUCACGGUGGAGUGGAGAGGGAAGAGGAGGACCUGAACGCUCUUCUCCCAGCCUGAGGACCUGCAGGGCAGGGACCUGAGUAAAUUUGCAAGCCUUCUGCUCUCAAUUCCUUAUUCCAUGUUGGUGUGGCUCUCUAGGGUAACCUGUGCAGCUCCUGUUGAACCCAGACCCCCCCAUCCAACACUGCACCCCCGCAAGGACCACCAGUGUGCCCUGCACCCUAGUGUUCUCCUGAGCCGGGCUUGUCCCUGCCACUCCCUGCAGUCUAUCCGCAUCUCACUCCACGCUGCAGAGCUCAAGCCCUCCCAUGGCCUUGUACCAGUCCCGAUGCCCUCAUUUGGGUCCUUCUGCUGUCCCCUGGCUCUCUUGGGGGGCUGGAAGGAGAGACAGGCUGCCCAUGAGACCCUACAAGGGCUGGGCUUUCAUGGCUGGGACGGCAAUGAGCGAUGGCUGAGUCAUAAAAACCACCCUUGGGGCUGAUAAAUAAGAGAAAGGAGAUCUAGAGACCCUGUUCCUGGGCUAGUUAACACUGGUAGGUGGCAGGUCUCUGUCCAGAGCUUAGUCUGUUGGUACUAGUGACCUACAAGGCUUUGCAGCCUGGAGAUACUGCAAUACCAGAACCCUUGGAGAGCCGCUGCUAGAUGGGAAGAAGCUGGAGGGCUGCUUCGUGUCUGGAGCAGGGCCAGGAUGGAGUCCAGGGGUGGCUCUGGGAACAAAACAGAAGAGGAAAUGAGCCCCCUUUUCCAACCGAGUACAGUCCUGGGGCCAGCCGUGCUCUUCAGCCCUUCAGCGUGGAGGAUGAGUGAAACCGAAGCCCAUCAGCUCUUCCCCCGGGCCUGCCUAUGGUCUCGGUAAUGGAGCAGCGCAUCCACACCAACGCAGGCAGGGCAGUGAAAAGAAAUCCCACAUUUUCCAUGGCAAAGAUGAUGACUUCUUUUUUUCCAAGUUACCUUCCUGGAUUUUUGGCUUUGCUCUCUAGCAGGAGCACCAUGGAGGAAAACCAACUGUAUCCAGCUGGGAACCAACUGGAUCUGAUUACUCCUUAGCAACCAGCAGUGGCCACCAGCUAGGAUGGGUUCCAGCACAGCCGAACCUUUAUUUAUAUGCUUCCUUCUCUGAAAUAAAUGAUGGGCUGGGAGAUUU